AUGGCAAGCUUUCUCAGAGGCAAGCAGGCGGGUAUCCAGAAUGACCUGUCUGCCUCCAUUCUGCCACACCUCUUCUCCCCGGAGGAGCAAGAGCGAUUCGGCAUCAAUUCGCAAAUAAGUUGCAUGGCCUAUGACCCAGUCCAGUCUCUUCUGGCCGUCGGGACAAGCGAGACGAAAUUUGGAAACGGCAAGAUCUAUGUCUUUGGCCAGAUCCGAGUCGAGAAGAUCAUCCAGCCCUCGAGACCGACCUCUUUCCGGGACCUGCAAUUCUGCGCGAACCGCCUCGUCAGCCUCGACAUCAAAAGCGAGAUAGCAAUAUGGGACUUGGAUAGCGGAGAGCGCAUAGCUGGCAGUUCCGUUGCCGGCGGAGUAGCGUGCAUGUUGACGGACCCCAUGCUUGAUUGGGCGUUUGCCGGCUUGACCAACGGAGAGGUGGUAGCUUACGACCUGGAUAGGGAACGCCUUUCGCCCUUCCGGAUCCCGAACUUCUGGAAAGCAAAGGACCCGACAAUAAGAGGUGCAAACCUGAUUUCGAUGCAGUUGCACCCUCGAGACAUCGGACAGAUGCUGAUCGGAUACACGUACGGGGCUGUCAUCUACUCUUUCAAGCAGAACCAGCCAGUCAAGUACUUCGAGUACACUGUGCCGCCGGGAGCACCCGGUGGCAACGGCGAGUCGCCUGACACGCUCCGGAAACCGAGACUGACCCACGCGCUCUGGCACCCGACGGGCACCUUCGUCCUGACCGCCCACGAUGACGGCAGCCUUGUCUUUUGGGAUCCUCGGGAUGGGCGCGUGGUAAUGGCCCGGUCACUCUACGACACAAAGGUGGAUCAGCCCAUCCCCAACAGCGUGCGGCCCAAAUUUCUGGACCCCUUCACCAGGAUUUCAUGGUGCUGCAAGGAGAAUCCUGACGACACCGGCCUGUUGAUUGCUGGUGGACUUCUCGGUGAUGCGCCCGAGAAGGGUCUCACGUUUCUUGAUUUUGGCCAGACUCCUGUCUACCAGACGUCGUCGUGGCAGGUACUCUCGGAUCAUUUCAAGGCAAAGAGUCAAAGCUUGCUCGAGACGCCGCAGGGAGCGCAAGUUGCAGACUACUGUCUGAUUCCUCGCUUGUCGCCGCACUUUGCUGGUGCGCAGAACCCUAUCGCUGUCCUCGUCUUGCUUACAUCGGGCGAAAUGAUCACCCUCAGCUUUCCUUCUGGGUACCACAUCAGCCCCACCAACCAAUUGCAUCCUUCCUUGGUGUUUGUUCAUCCCUUCGUUACCCGGGCUGCGGUCUCGACACUCGACCGCGGCAGGUGGCUAGGCAUGACGGAGAAGCGCAACCAAGGGGAGCCUCUUCUCAAAGGAGGCGCAGAGGCAACGAAGCCGCGACGCCGGUACGAAGGACGCAACAUCCUCCAGGUUGCACACGCCGAUGGCACGGUGAGGAUAUGGGAUGUUGGGCAUGGCGACGAAAUGGAGAACCCUUAUCUGCUCCAGGUCGAUAUCGCCAGGGCCCUAGCGCGCUACGACAAUGUCAACGUCAGUUCCAUGGCCAUGGCAUCAAACACUGGCGAGUUUUCUGUUGGAACUAGCAAUGGCGAGGUCAUCAUCUACAGGUGGGGAGGCAACAAGUACUUUGGUCAGGAUCAUCCCGUAGAACCAAAGUCCAAUCCCGGCGGUAUCACGGACAUCAGCUCGCGGACGGAGCCGUCCCUCAAAGAGGGCCUGCAACCAUUUGCACUGUACGAGAUGAUGCAAGGACCGAUCACCGCAUUGCAGGUCUCGGAUGUCGGCUUUGUUGCUGCGGGAUCAGAGGGCGGCUUCUUCAGCAUCAUUGACAUGCGCGGCCCUUCGAUCAUACUCCAGGUAUCAAUGGCCGAACUGAGCAAGCCGGAGAAGAGGUCGUCAUUUCUCGGACGUCACUCCUCGAGUGCCUCUUCGUCAACCAAGGAGUAUCCCGUUGUCAUCGAGUUUGGCGUUAUGACACUCGAGGGAGACAAGUAUUCGAGUAUUCUGUGCUUCGUGGGUACAAGCCAGGGCAAGGUGGCGACGUUCAAACUCCUGCCUUCGGGAGGUGGCUACUCUGCUCAACUAGCUGGCAUAGCAGAGCUCAAGGGUAGAGUGGUGUCAAUCAACCCCAUCAUUGCAGACACCGGCGCGCCUGCAGGUGCUACCGGGCCGACAGUCUCGGGGUUACGCGAAGGCCGACAGGUCAACGGAACGCUAGUCGUUGUAACUCAAUCCGAAGUUCGCAUCUUCAAGCCCGCUUCUGCCAAAGGCGCCUCGAAAUCCUUCGAGGACGUCUUCUGCGAUGCGGCUGCGGUCACAGAGUUCGAACUCCACGGCUUUGCUCUCGUGGGCGUGUUUGGCGAUCGCACUGCGCGGGCGUUCAGUCUGCCUGGCCUCAAAGAGAUCAACAAGGCGCCCUUGAACAUGCUCGAUGCCUCUCGGAGUGCUAGCAACAUCGUCGCUUCGACCGGAGACAUCUUCGGGUGGGCCGGCCCCUCGGAGCUGGUCGUCCUCCCUGUCUGGGGCUCCGGCAAGGGGAACGAGAACAGCAAGGACAAGAUGAUCAACCCCGACCUCGCCAUCCCGGCGCGCCCGACCAUCAGCAACUUCCAGUGGGUGUCUGGCACCCAGUACGUCUCGCCGACGGACCUGGACGUGCUCAUCGGCGGGCCCGACAGGCCGCCGAGCAAGCGGAUGCUCAUGGCCGCGGCCGAAGAGUCGCGGCGGGCGCGCGGCGGCGGUGGGGCGGCGGGAGCAGCCGGCGGCGGCGGGCCGUCGAGCCCCCGCGCGGGCACGAGCCAGGAGGGCUGGGGCGAGUACCUGACCCGGCAGCUCAACGAGAGGACGGAGAAGCUCAACAUCAUGGGCGACAGCAUGGACAACCUGCAGAACCAGAGCCAGGCGUGGUCCGACGACGUGAGCAAGUUUGUGUCGAAGCAGAAGCGCAACAUCUUGCUCGGCAGCAUCACGGGCAAGUUUUAG